GCGGAUUAUACAAGAGAUAUCCGGUUGUCCCUUAUUAUCGCCCCACUCUUACGGCUACUCUCUUCCGUGCGUGCUGCUUCUGCACUUCGGCUGCUUCUCCCUCUCUCUCUUCAAACAGCGAAGCAAGUUACAGAGAUGAGCAGCUGGCGAAGUUUUCUCCUCAGAAUUGGAGAUAAAUGUCCUGAAUACGGUGGAAACUCUGAUAUUGAAGAUCACAUUGAAAAAUGUUAUGGCAUUUUGUGGCGUGAACUGGACCACUCUCCAGAUGAUAUCUCAUUGUUUUUAUUACAAUGUGCUGAGCAGCUGCCACACAAGAGUUCUAUAUAUGGAACACUGGUUGGUUUGAUAAAUUUGGACAAUGAUGAUUUUGUUAAGAGAGUGGUCAGCGAUACCCAAACUAAUUUACAGAAUGCUUUGGAUUUGGGAAGUUGCGACAAGAUUCGCAUACUAUUGCGAUUCCUCACAGUACUGAUGUGUAGCAAUGUUGUUCAACCAAGUGCUGUUAUUGAAGUCUUUGAGGCUUUGCUUUCCUCAGCCGCUACAACGGUAGAUGAGGAGAAAGGGAAUCCAUCAUGGCAAGCACGAGCUGAUUUUUAUGUGACUUGCAUUUUAUCUUGCCUGCCUUGGGGAGGGGCUGAGCUAUUUGAGCGUGCUUCAGAGGAAAUUGAGAGAGUUAUGGUUGGUAUUGAGGCUUACUUGAGCAUCAGAAAGCGUGUCUCUGAUACUGGCUUCUUAGUAUUUGAUAAUGAUGAUAAAACUGAUGAAAAUAUUGCUGAGAAGGAUUUUUUGGAGGACUUAUGGGAGCGAAUUCAAGCCCUCUCAAGCAAUGGAUGGAAAGUUGAUAGUGCUCCUAGACCCCACCUUUCCUUUGAAGCACGAUUAGUAUCUGGCAAAUGUCAUGACUUUGGGCCGAUAAGCUGCCCUGAACAACCUGCCGCUUUGUCAUCCCUAUCUAUGAACAGAAGUGAUAAACAAAAGCAUGAAGCUGAGUUGAAGUAUCCUCAAAGGCUUCGUAGACUUAAUAUAUUUCCUGCAAGUAAAAUUGAGGAGAAUAUGCAGCCAAUCGAUCGCUUCAUUGUUGAGGAGUAUUUGCUCGAUGUGCUUAUGUACCUGAAUGGCUGCCGCAAAGAAUGUGCUGCCUAUAUGGUGGGCUUGCCUGUACCAUUUCGCUACGAGUAUUUGAUGGCAGAGACAAUAUUUUCACAGCUUCUUUUGCUUCCUCAACCAGCCUUCAAGCCAAUUUACUACACACUGGUCAUAAUUGAUCUUUGCAAGGCCCUUCCGGGAGCUUUUCCUGCAGUUGUGGCAGGAGCAGUUCGUGCUAUCUUUGAAAGGGUUGGUGACUUGGAUAUGGAAUGCCGCACGCGGCUUGUCCUCUGGUUUUCGCAUCACUUGUCAAAUUUUCAAUUUAUUUGGCAAUGGGAAGAGUGGGCUCAUUGCUUAGACCUUCCUAAAUGGGCCCCACAACGUGUUUUCGUUCAGGAAGUGUUGGAAAGAGAAGUCCGUUUAUCAUACUGGGAUAAAAUAAAGCAGAGCAUAGAGAAUGCCUCAACAUUAGAGGAAUUGCUUCCACCCAACGGUGGGCCCUCCUUUAAAUAUAGUGCUGGGGAUAGUGAGGAGCACUCCCUCUCAGAAAACCUUUGCACCAUGGUCAGAGGAAGGAAAACUGCUCGUGAAGUUAUAUCGUGGUUAGAAGAAGCUAUUGUACCAACCCAUGGCCCAAAAGUUGCACUUGAGGUGGUUGUUCAGACUCUCCUAGAUAUUGGAUCAAAAAGCUUCACUCAUCUUGUUAAUGUGUUAGAGAGAUACGGUCAAGUCAUCUCUAAGCUAUGUCCAGAUCAGGAAAAGCAGGUGUGGCUUAUAGACGAAGUGAGUUUGUAUUGGAAGAACAGUGCUCAGAUGACUGCCUUAACCAUCGACCGCAUGAUGGGUUACCGCUUGGUCUCAAAUCUAUCCAUCAUCAGUUGGGUUUUCUCUCCUGCUAAUGUUAAACAAUUUCAUACAUCUGAUCGUCCAUGGGAGAUUCUGAGAAAUGCUGUGGGCAAAACAUACAACCGCAUUCGUGAUCUGAGAAAAGAGAUAUCUUCUCUCGAGAAAAGCAUUGUUUCUGCUGAAGCUUCUGCAGCUGAGGCCCAAGCUGAAUCAGAUGCUGCCGAAUCAAGGCUUGAAGUAGUGGAUGGAGAACCUAUUCAAGCUGAACCCCCUUCGAGAUUGAAGCGCUUGAAAGCAUUUGCAGAGAAAGCAAAAGAAGAGGCAGUUUCUCUGCAGGAAUCUUUGGAGGCUAAGCAGGCCCUCCUUUCACGGGCCAUCACUGAAAAUGAGGCAAUGUUCAUAUCUUUGUACAAAAGCUUGGCAAAUGUGCUGAUGGAAUGCCUUCCUCGCGUCUAUUGUGACAAGCAUAAUGAUCACAUCCAGUUAGAUCUUGAUGAUGAAGAAUCAUCCAAAAUGGACGUGGAUGAUGAUGAGAACAAAAAAUCUAACCGGGGAGGUGAAAUUAAUGGCCAUGACACACAAGAAGAAGAGCAUUGGUGCCACUGUACGCUGGGAUAUGUCAAGGCUCUGUCUAGGCAGUACGCUUCUGAGAUCUGGCUGCAUAUAGAGAAGCUGGACGCUGAAGUGUUUACAAAAGAUAUGCAUCCAUCCUUUCUAAAUGCAGUGUAUGCUGGGUUACGACGUCCUUAUCGGUGACAUUCCCAUUGAAAACCAAAUGAAUGUACUUGUAAGUAGUCUCAAGGAUAUUUAUUAUCGAAGCUUUCAUCUUCAUCCUCUUUAUAAAGGCUAUUCAGUUUACCAAGCCAAGUGGUGGAGGAUAUAGGGAAGAACUGCCCUUGAGAAGAUCAGAUCCUUUUUGUGUUUCUUUUGCCUUUACAUUUUACUGAAAACGUGGGUUAGGGAGUUUUGGGAGGAAAUUGUGUUUUAGCUUGUGUUAUUUUGAGCUUUACUGAAUCAUGUAUAACAUUUUGGAAGUGUUCUGACUACCACUGAUGUAGGAAUGUUUAUUAAUGAAAUUUGGGUCUUGCACUCGUAGAGACUUUGAAUAGGAAGAUUUCAAUUCGAGGAGAGUCUUUUGGGAUGUAGGAGACUGUCUCACUUGGGGUGGAACGAGAAUUAUUAGAGUUUCCUUUGCUUUUACAUUUUUUGUAUUUUAUAUCAGUGUAUGAAGGUGAAAGAUUUGCAAUCUUAAUCUGAUAUAAAAUGAAGGGUGAUAUAAAAUGAA